CAAUGUUGCGCGCCACGCUCGUAAUGGUCUGGGUUCGGCCUUUGUUGCGCUGCACCUUGGACAUCAUCACUAUGCGACUCUUCUGUAUUUUCCCUUAUCUCGAUCUCCAGCUCGAGGGGACGGAGCGCCAAGUUUUAUUUUCGGCCAGUUGUCGCGAGCACGCAGCCACCUUCAGCGACCUGCUGCUACUUUCGGACACGACCCAGGGCUGCGGCGCUGUGCACCUUGUCGUUGCUCACAUGGCCACCCUCUCCUCGGCAGCGUUGCUACAUGUGUUGCUCUUCGGCUCUGAAGCAGAGUUGCCACAGACCCGAGCGCGACUCGAGGUCAACUUCAAACACCUCAUCCGCCUCUGGCGUUAUUGGCCUGCCGUCGACCUCAUGAUGGAGCGACUGUUCACGUUCCAGCGCGCAUGCAUGUCCUCAGCGGACCCAAACACGCAUAAGGUCGACCUAUGGAUGGCCGAAUUCCUCCUCCAGCACGCACUGCCGAUUGCCGACAAGAUCCCUCCGGUCAGGGAAGGGGUCGGUCCCGGUGGCCUCAUGGAACGUGAUAUCUUCGCAAACGAUGCAUUGUCCAUGCUGCAUCCUUGAUACAAUUUGCUGGAGAAUGUGAAGAUUCUUUGCCUGAUGGCCACCCGCCUGUCACUACCUAUAUAAGGGCCACCACUAAACCGCACCUCAUGCACUCAAUAGUGCCCCUUCACGUUGCCAGCAACCUCGGUCAGACUUCGGCGCGCUCCGCCUCGGCGUCCCCCGUCUUCACCUUAGGCUUUGUCCGGCUUUGGCCACUUUGGCAUUCUUGCCAUCAAACAGCUCUGCGAUCUCCUCCAGCGUCGGACCUUUUAUCUCGACAAAGAGUAAACAAACGCAGAGGACCUCGAUGACGAGGAUGGCGACGUAAAAGAAGUAGUAGCGCCACUGAAGAGCUUCGAGGCCAAUGGUGUUUACGUACUGAUUGAAGACGCUGAAGAGCGCAGCCAGGGCGAAGCCUAUGGACAUGCCCUUGGCGCGGAUGGUGAAGGGCAGGAUCCCGGCCACACAGGUGACAGUCAGGCCGGGCCACGCGAAGCUGGCAACGCCGUAAAAUA